CUUAACUCAAGCUGAACAUCUAGAGCAAUACAACAACUCUAUUUUUUCAAAUAACACACAUCAUAAUAUAUAUACAAAAUGUCCCAAAACCGUCUCCCAGGCUCCACCCGCGGCGGCGCCAGCUCCCAACCCACACCAGCCAACAACUCCGGCGGAGGCAGCGGCUGGGGCGACGAGGGCUAUCCCAAGGGAGGAGGUCUAGGAACAGCGAACCAGACGUCGUCGGACGAUGGGGUUCCUUCCGACAUCCUCACCACGCCCGCCCUGCAAGGCAUCUCGCAGCAAAAGCAAGCCGCAGAGCAAAAGUUCAUGAAUCGGUGGGAUGAAGGACAUGAUGAGCGGGAGGGAACUUGUGCUUCGGAAGAUCAUAGCUUCAUGGGCACAAAGCCUGGUGGGUCGGAUGCGUUGCCCGGUUGGAAUGUGCUGAAGGAUAAGUUGGGAUUGUAAGCUUGCCUGCUGCUCCUUUCCUUUCCUUCCUUCCUGAUGCUCUGGCUGUUCCAUUUUUGGGAUGCGGGCUGAUGGGGUGGGGUUGGGUUUUUUUUAGUCUUUAUCCGGAGUAAUUGGAAUUUUUCUUCUGGGGUUGGUAGGGUUAAUGAAUGAUAUGAAUGAC